CCAGAACUCCACAGAGCCCUUCUGUCUCUGCAGCCAACAACUCUCAGUGCCUUAUUCCAGGGCAAAAUAUCCCCAAACCUUACUGGUGAUUUGACUUCUGUUCGGUUUAGGUCGGCAGGUGACAGCGCGGCGGUGCCCGGGCGGGGAGCUGCUGCUGCUGCGCCGGUGCGGGGGGAGCGCGGGAGCCCCGCGGCCCCUCGGCCUCGCCCGGCCGCGCCGUCGGGGCGCCCGGGCGGCGGCAGGGCCAUGUUCUACUUCCACUGCCCGCCGCAGCUGGAGGGCGCGGCGCCCUUCGCGGGUCACUCCGCCGGCGACUUCGACGACGGGUUCCUGCGCAGGAAGCAGCGCCGCAACCGCACCACCUUCACCCUGCAGCAGCUCGAGGCACUGGAAGCCGUUUUCGCCCAGACCCACUACCCCGAUGUGUUCACCAGGGAAGAGCUGGCCAUGAAAAUCAACCUCACGGAAGCCAGGGUGCAGGUAUGGUUCCAAAAUCGGAGAGCGAAAUGGAGGAAAACAGAGAGAGGCACGUCCGACCAAGAAGGCGCUAAGGAACCAAUGGCUGAGGUGGCACCUCCUGUGAGGAACUUAAAUUCCCCUUCUCCAGCAGAUCAAACCAGGAAUAAAAAAGAGAGUCUGGAGAUCCAGCAGAGCCUGAGUCGAGCCGUUGGUCCUACUGGGCCUUUCUUCCCCUCCUGCCUGCCAGGGACUCUUCUCAACACAGCCACCUAUGCACAAGCUUUAUCCCAUGUUGCCUCUCUAAAAGGGAGCCCGCUGUGCUCGUGCUGCGUUCCCGACCCCAUGGGCCUCUCCUUCCUGCCCACGUACGGCUGCCAAAGCAACCGCACCGCCAGCGUGGCCGCGCUGCGCAUGAAAGCGCGGGAACACUCGGAGGCCGUGCUGCAGUCCGCUAACCUCCUGCCAGCCGCCAGCAGCAGCCCCGCUCCGCCAGCCAAACCCGGCCCGGAGGGCAGCCCGGACAAGCAGCCCUCCCCGGCCAAGGAACACAUGGACGGAGAGAAGAGCGUAUGAGGCUGGGCCGGCGCCAGCCCCUCGGCUCGGAGCGAGGACCCCACGGCGGGGGCUUGUCGUGGGGCGAGCUGCAGCGUGGCCCUGCCCCGGCCGGACGCCACGGGGCCACCAGGGACCCUGGGAAUCCAAGGCAGACCUGGGCGGCCUUCCCAGCUGCCUUCCACACGCCCCUGCUCUUCUUGCGCUGCUGUAGAUUCACUCCCCUGAUUUACUGGCACCAUCUGUGUUUGGAAACGUUUGUGAAACUGUUUUUAGCCCCCUUGCUUCCCAGUGACGUCAAAACGAGGGCUUGCUCCCCUUCACCUGCGCUCCCCAGGGUUGCUUUUCUCAGCAGCAGCAUCGAGCCCAAACACCACUGGGGCUGGGUCCCACGUAGGCCAGGCCUUGACCCCUCUGGACCUGGACCUGGGACGAUCGCUGCCCGCUGCCGGACGCCGCGCUGCUGGCGGCACAGAUGCACUGCUGAUCUCCUCGCCAGGUCCCUUCUGCAGCGGGGCGGCGUGCUGCCACCAGCAGCCAUCCUGCCGCUCCCUGUGGCCCCAGCACCCUGGGUCCCCUUCCCGCACGGAGAUGGGGGCUGGGAGCAGGGACAGGCUUCCAGACUUGUGCACGGGGGAAGGAGAGGCCUCCAGGACUCAUUUACCUCCUCUGUGCACAGCACGGGGUGAAUGAAUAUGCUGGAACAUACUGCUUACGCCUGCUGUUUUCCAUUUGACUUCCACCAAAUCUAUCCCAGACAAGCCAGGUCUAAGGGAAGCAGAAAAUAGAGUGAAAAUCAUUAUAAUUUUCCUUCUCCCUUCUUUUCCCUGAAAGUCAGACUUUCCACGGAGUAGAUUACUGGGAAAUUGCUGAGAUCAGUUUACCUGUGAAUAAAAUCCUUGCACUAGUCUCGAUGUGAACUUUAGUCUGUCACACUUGCCAUUCCUUGGGUUAGAUAUAAAAGAUACAUGUGAUUCCAGAGCAGUGUUCAUAGCUUCAAAUGAUAAUGUUGAUAUUUAAUGGAGAGUGCAGUUAUGUCUCGAUCUGCACAAAGCUGGGGGUAUUUUAGCAUCAUUCUCUGACCUUUGAAAAAGUUCUUUAAAAAAUAUCCAUGACAUUUUGGAAACACAUUUGGAAAGAAAGACUGGAAACCAAAAUAAUCCUAUGUUGCGACAUUGCAAAUAUGUCUUUGCAUGUUGUGUUUUUAAUAAAGAGGAAAUAAAACUUGGAAGGAUAUUCUUUUAUUCCAUCUGCAAGCAAACUGUUCCAUUUACUGAAAGUUUGUUGUUUAAUGAAUUUAGACAUGAAAAUGUUGUAAUUAUUAGACAAUAGGCACAGUGCAAAAGAGAAUUUGACGCCUCAGGAAAAACACCCUUAUUUCCAACCCAAAACUCUCCCCAAAGCAGAGUAAGUAGGUGUUUUGGUCUGGGGUGCUCCACAUUUUUCCCAUGGGUAAUGCAGACAUGGGUUUAAGCUUGCUGAUGUGGAACUGCUUUUUAUAGCUGCCUUUUGCAGACUCCUUAGAGCAGUCCACAGCUGGCCCUGGAGAACAGGCCAAUACCACAGCUCACAGACUUGCCCAAAUAAUGUGGAAGCCAACGGAAAGAUUCCUGUGAGCUGCCAAGGUCUUCAGAGCAGGUCCUUCAUGAGAAAAGUGCCCUACUCCAAAUGAGAUGCUUUCCACCACAGCCCUGAAAGUUGUGCCGUUUAAACCAUGGGCAGAUUUUGGCACAGAAGCUCGGCUAACAGAGCCUGUAGGUUUCCGUCACCAGCCCAGGCUUUUCUGCCACUUCUUCUUUGGGACUGAUCCUGUGUGCUGUGCUGAGGACCUCCUGCAACGUGCUGUGCACACACUUCCGUACUGGGUUGUGCUCAGUUUCUCGCAGGAUCUGGGCUCAAGGAAGUUCUUGGAAAGGCAGUCCCAAGUCGGUUUGGCAGCAAAAAGGUCUCCCCAUCCCCAGGUGACCUCAGCCCAUGAAUUUCUUGGGACUGGAACAUGGGACUUGCCCGGGGCUCCCAAGCCCCACCUGUCCUGGUGUGCGCUGCCCCUUCCUCAGGGCAGGGUUUGUGCUGGUGCGCUCUGGAAGGGAGAAACGGGCAGCCCUGGGCUCCAGGAGGCCUGGCAGCCCCGCGUAUGGGCACCAUCUCCUCUAGGCACCAGCAAUCCAAGCACGGAGGAAGUUCCAGCAGGACCCACAUCCAUAGAGCAGAGUCAUUUUGCUCUACACUUACCCCGCUGUGUAUUUCUUCCGGCAAUCCUGAAAUGGCCUAAUUGCAGGGGGGCACGCAGUAGCCUGCGAUCCUUCUUCAUACGCCAGCUUCAGGAGCUGCUCUGCUGAACGGUAAAUGAAGACCGUUUCCCUGACUGUAAAUUAUGGCUUAGUUUAAACAACAGCAACGGCCUUUUUAUUCCACCAAAAUAAAAUAGAUUGUGGGGGGCAGCUGGAGAAGAGAGAAUCGCUGUUUUCUUAGUGAUCCUUUCAAACAUAAUUUCUUGUCUAGAUUUCCAUGGCCAAAACAAAAAAAAAAGUAAAAACAAAAUCCACUCCAGAUCGGCAGGCCCAACUUCAUUUCAGCAUAAUUACCUUGCGUUCAGUUGAACUUCAGCCCUUCUGUACACUAACUCUUCAAUCUAAUUGUUUGAUUAAACUCGUAUUUCCUCCAGAAAGGUACAUAAAUAAGUGAAUUGUUGAGCAAAUUAAGAAUACUUAACAGCAUUGCAUCUGAAAAGUAGUUACG